GGAAGACCAGAUGAUAAUAUUCAAUAUAUUUAUAGGAUCAACUCGUCAGGAAUGAGUAUCAGUAUCUCAGAAAUUUUGUUACUGUAGUUCAAUUUAGUCAGAAUGAUGAAGUUGUUAAUUUUUUGUGCCCUAGUAUGUAGCAGUUUGAUAUGUUGUGAAGGUCUGGAGACCAUAACCGACUACCUGUCAUCGCCAGUGUACCCGUGCAUCCAGUGCCUCUGCCAUGGCGUCUCCGGAUGUUGGCGCAGACAGAACUGCGCGCGCUACUCCGUGAGCAAGGAAUACUGGAUGCAAGCAGGCUCCCUGGUGGUCUCGGCAGCCGACGACCCCUCCAGCGACGCCAGCUACCGGAAGUGCCUGCAGAACGAGAACUGCAUAGUGGGCACCAUCAUCAAGUACACGGAGCAGUACGGCGAGGCGGAUUGCAACUGUGAUGAAAAGUUCGACUGCAAAGACAGGUUGGCCAUCCAUUUGUUUGGAAACAAGUGCGAAAAACCGUCCUUUGGCCAUACCAUUGCCAGAAGAUUCAACGACUGCGCAGCUAGGGUUGGGGUUUCCGCUAUGCUGAGUUCGGAAGGAGACGAUUUUUGUACCUUACCGAUUGUUCAUUAGAUAUUUGAAUCCAUUGAUAUUGAUUGUCCACCAGAUGCUGAGGCGUGUACCGGGAGGGGACUUUUCUCAGGGGAUGAGUAAAUAAAUGUGGUUCUUCAA